UGUUUUGCUUAUGUCAUUCUGCACCAGACUUCAGAAAAGCCAUCUUGAAGGCGAGUUGGACUCAUUUAGCCUCAUUCAGCAAUGACUUACCUUCCCUUUUUCCCCACGGAGACAUGGGUUCUGAUUGUUACGCUGCUAGCCCUGGCUGUAUUGUAUGGGUAUGCACCUUAUGGAGUCUUCAAAAAACUAGGAAUCCCUGGACCAAAACCUCUUCCCUUUAUUGGAACAUUUCUAGAAUACAGAAAGGGUUUUAUUAAAUUUGACACAGAAUGCUACGAAAGAUAUGGAAAAAUAUGGGGGAUUUACGAUGGAAGACAGCCAAUACUGGCCAUUAUGGACACUGGAAUGAUCAAAACCAUUCUGGUCAAGGAAUGCUACUCAGUUUUCACCAAUAGAAGAAACCUAGGCCUGAAUGGUUCUCUCUAUGAUGCUGUCUCAAUCGCUGAAGACGAUGAGUGGAAGAGAAUUCGCAGUGUUCUGUCCCCCUCGUUUACCAGUGGCCGGCUGAAGGAGAUGUUUGCCAUAAUGACACAACAUUCAAAUAAUUUAAUCAAGAGUCUACAGAAGAAAGUUAACCAUGAUGAAUCUGUGGAAGUCAAAGAUUUCUUUGGUUCAUACAGCAUGGACGUUGUCACCAGUACAGCAUUCAGUGUUGACAUCGACUCCCUCAACAACCCUGGUGACCCCUUUGUUGCCCACAUCAAAAAAAUGGUCAAGUUCGAUCUUCUAAAUCCCUUUCUUCUUCUUGUGGUUCUCUUUCCCUUCCUCACUCCACUGAUGGAAAAACUGGGAGUGUCUUUGUUCCCCACAUCAAGUGCGGAUUUCUUCCUUGACUCACUUCGAAAAAUCAAGGCAGAUCGGGAAAAGAACGUUCACAAGAGUCGAGUAGACUUCCUGCAGUUGAUGGUUGACUCUCAGAUUUCAGAGGAAGGAGCGACUUCAACUGAAGAAAAGUCAGGGAAAGGGCUGACAGAUCAUGAGAUCUUGUCCCAGGCACUGAUAUUCAUCUUUGCUGGUUAUGAGACGAGCAGCAGCUCGCUUUCAUUCAUUGCCUACCUCAUGGCAACCAGACGUGAUAUCCAGAAGAAACUGCAAGAUGAGAUUGAUGAAGUCUUUCCCAACAAGGCCCCAAUCAAGUACGAAGCAAUGAUGCAGAUGGAGUACCUUGACAUGGUGAUUAACGAGUCUAUGAGGAUGUACCCCAUCGGUCUGCGAGUCGAGAGGAUGUGCAAGAAAACCGUGGAGAUCAACGGGGUGACCAUUCCAAAAGGAACCGUCAUCGCCAUCCCUGCCUACAGCCUGCACCAUGACCCCACGCUGUGGCCUGAACCCGAAACGUUCAAGCCAGAGAGAUUUAGCAAGGACAACAAAGAAAGCAUUGACCCCUAUGCCUACCUGCCCUUCGGAGCUGGUCCUCGAAAUUGUAUCGGAAUGAGGUUUGCCGUUAUCAUGAUGAAGCUGGCCUUGGUUCAGAUACUCCAGAACUUCAGCUUUGCUGUCUGCGAGGACACUCCGAUCCCGCUCGAAUUGGAAGCUCAGGGAUUUCUUCAACCAAAAAAACCUAUCAAGCUGAAGCUUGUCCCGCGUAUUCCAGCAAACAACAAAGAAUAAACAGAAAGGGUUUGUUACUAUCAGCCUUCUAAAUUUCACUCAGAAUCAAUUACAGAGAAAAACUCUACGUUACUGACGAACAUGUUUGCCCAUAAAACAUUUGUGGUUAUGUAAUUUCCGAAGGUUUUGUAGCUCUUUUUAUUGCUAAUGGUAAUUAUUUUAAUUACUUGCUUUUUUUAGGCUUGUCAAUGGUUCAAAUCACUACACAUAUUUUUGCUACCAUUUCGCAUGAUUGCACCCAUUAUAUUUUUUUCUGAAGUUAUAUACAGCUGAUUUAUCUCUUUUGUUACUUUAAUAUUUGUUCACCUAUGUAGGCUAUCACUGUAAGAGCAACACUGUUACGGUGGGGCUUCUUAGCCAAUCCUACCCUGUGAACCUGGCAUUACAUAUGGGGCAUCACUCACAUGAUACUAAUAAUCACAUUUAGGCUGUAGUGCAACAUUGCUCUAUGUGAAAAUUCAUUUAAUAGUGGAAAUUAUAUUUGUGAUUAACUCCUUAUAGUGUAUAUCACCCUCCCUUUUUAACACAAGCCUGAAAAUGACAUACCCAAAAUAAAAUGAUUUCUCUUCUUGAA